CUCAUUAACAGGAAAGAAGCAGAUGCUUUUUUUCGGUUUACAUUGACUGGGUUGUAAUAAAUAAGGAUUCUGCUGCUUUCCCGUGUGAAAAUGGUUAAUUAUAAAGUAACCAUAUACACUGGCAACCUCGCCACUGCCGGCACCUUUGGCAAUGUUUCCAUUAAGCUGGUGGGCACGCAUGGGGAGAGUAAACGCACUCGGCUUAAAGGGGCUUUCGCCUUCUUCAGAGGAGCAGUGUCCAGUUUUACCGUGUCCUGUCCUGUCUCCAUUGGAAAGCUAGUCUUAAUAGAGAUAGAUAAAUCGCGCUUCCUUCUCUUCUCCGAAGACUCUUGGUUCACUGCCAAAGUGGAAGUAAAAUCCCCGAAGUUUGACACCUACAACUUUCCCAUCUACCACUGGAUCACUGACAGUGAGGUGCACCGCUUCAGAGAGGCAACAGCUCUGAGAAUCUUUGAAGACAACCACCCUCUUGGCAGGUACAGUCGGGAGCAGGAGCUGGAGCAACGAAAGGAAGACUAUCGUUGGGAUGUGUAUCUCGAGGGAAUACCCAACUGCAUGAAGGCAGAAGGCCCUCAUUCUCUGCCUAAUGAGGUCCGCUUCUCCUUCACCAAGACCACAGAGUUUCUCUUCACAUUGUCGACUGGGCUGGCUGAGCUGAAACUGAAGGGACUUUCUGAUUCCAAGGAGAACUGGCCUGAUAUUGAAGCUAUCCAUCAUGUGUUCUGGCACAAACGGACUGACAUAUCAGAAUAUGUCCAUGAUCAUUGGAAGGAAGACGCUUUCUUUGGUUACCAGUUUCUAAACGGUGUGAACCCCAUGUUGAUCCAACGCUGCUCAACCCUGCCCAAAACCUUUCCUGUCAGUGAUGACAUGGUCUCCCUCAGUGGUCAGUGUAGCUUGGCAGAUGAAAUGAAGAGAGGCAACAUAUUCCUGUGUGACUACAAGCGUUUGGAUGGUCUGAAAUCAAACAUCAUCAACGAGAAGAAGCAGUACUUGAUGGCUCCCCUGGUCCUUCUUCACCAAACACCUGAUGACAAACUGAUGCCAAUUGCUAUUCAGCUGAAGCAGACUCCAGCAGAUGAUAAUCCCAUCUUCUUUCCGACUGACUCUGAGUACGACUGGUUGAUGGCCAAGAUUUUUGUGAGAAGUGCAGAUUUCAACGAGCAUCAACUGAAUGUUCAUCUGCUGCGCACUCAUUUGCUGGCAGAAGUUUUUGCAGUGUCACUGCUGCGCAACGUGCCCAUGGUGCAUCCGUUGUACAAGCUCCUCGCACCUCACACUCGCUACACUCUACAGAUCAACAGCUUAGCUCGAGCUCUUCUCAUAUCUGAAGGUGGAUUUUUCAUGAAGUUUGCAGCUUCUGGUGGAAAGGGUAAGAGGACACUCCUGAAGAGAUCACUGUCCUCAAUGACUUACAGCUCCCUCUGCAUACAUGACAACAUUGUUGCUCGUGGUCUGGAGGACGUUCACAACUUCUACUACAGGGAUGAUGGACUCAAGCUUUGGGAUAUCAUCUACAGGUUUGUGCAGGGAGUGCUGAGCUUCUACUACAAGAAUGACGCUGAGGUCCAGAAAGACUCUGAACUGCAGAAGUGGAUUUUGGACAUUUUUGAACAUGGAUUCCUUUCCAAAGAAAGCACAGGAAUUCCCCAGAGCUUUACCACCAUGGCUGAGUUGGUCAAGUUUGUCACCAUGGCGAUCUUCACUUCCUCAGGACAGCAUUCGGCUGUGAACACUGGACAGUUUGACUACGGUGGCUGGAUGCCCAACGCUCCCACCACCCUGCAACUUCCUCCACCAACAAGAAAGGGGACAACAAGCAAAGCCAUGAUGCUGCAGACAUUGCCUAACAAGGGCACAGCAGCAAACGGAAUGGCAGUCAUGUGGCUACUGAGCAAGCAAUCCUCUGACUUCGUCCCUCUCGGCCAGUACCCACAGGACCAUUUCAGUGAGAAGAUUCCCUGCAACCUGAUAAAGGAUUUUCAAGCAAGUCUUCAAGAGUUAAGUGCGGCCAUCAAAGCCAGAAACAAGAAUCUGGAGGUCCCGUACACAUACCUCGAUCCAAGGGAGGUAGAAAACAGUGUGGCCAUUUGAAUAUCAAAAGUUGUGACUUUCACAGCUGUUUGUCAAAUUCAGUUUGGAUUAGAUUAGAUUAGUUAUUACUUUAUUCAUCCGCAGGAGGAAAUUGUAUAAAGCAGCGGCAAACAUGUUUAUAAAUAUACAAUAGAAUCAAAUUAAAUAAUGGAGCUAAAAAUUCAUUUUGCACAAUAGAUGAGAUUGCUGUUUUGUUUUACUUACUGGAUUUCAUAUUGAUUAAAGUACAAAUUAUUAUUGUUCAUCAAAUUGUCAUUGAUGGGCAAAAAUACAAGUUAAAGUAACAUUAUGCAACAAUUGUACCUCCAGAAAAUUAUUAGAAUUAAUAUUGUUUUCCAAGUUUAAGUGUGAGGCACUUUAUGUUUGUUUGUUGACUACCGAAAGAACACCGACAUUAAACAUUGAAUGGGGUCAAAUUAAUCCUAAGGCGGGGGGAGGGUGUAAUAUUGAUUCGGGUCAAAAUGACCCUAAGGCAACACAAGGGUUAAACAGCUUGAAAAAAAUUGUGCUGCUACAAUGACUUAUAAUAUGGCGAUUUGCGCCUCCGCCAUUGCCAUCGGGGGUCUGUGGGGAAAUAACUCCGCUAUGUAGGAUUCUGGGGCCGCCCGAUCCGGGGCGGAUGUACUUCGACCUGCUUUCUGGCAGUGAUUACGCAAUGUCAUAUAGUGCCAGUCCACGCUCGCAGCUACAGUAUAAGGGCGAAGCAAGCGAAGUCUCUUGUAAUGAAUUACACGUUCCAAUGUAAAUUAUGAAUAUGUAGCUUUUUGGUGUUGUCAACAAUAUUGUAUUCGAUCACACGUACUCCACAUUCAAACAUUUAGAAAACAACGUAUUGUAGCGACCCUGUGAAGUGGCUGUCAAUCACAGUGUGGCACCGUGCAUGCUGGUCGAGGGGGGCGUGCCUGUGAUUGGCGGAGUAGAGGGGAGGCGGGGUUAACCUGUCAGAAAAGGGGAGUUAAGGGUGGUUGACGGGAACCGUUGUUGUUGACGUUCGAGCUGCUGAGCUGAGAGGAGCACGCUGUCUGUGUUGGUGGAUGCCCAAUAAAGUGAGGAUUAAUAACGUCGUCCCGUCUCCGUGUCAUCAGUGCCAUAACGUCCGAGACGUUACAAUAUAUAGGCUGAAAACGCGAUCGGUAUUUCAUCAAAACUAAAUGUUGUCAUUCUUUUGGUUAUGUUAGCAUUCAUCUCCGAUAUCACAAUGAAUAAAACUAUGCAGUCAUAUUUAUGUAAAAUCUUUGAAUAUUCUUACCUUAUCGGUUGACAUCAUUUCUUGGUUUCUGACUUCGUCUGGUCAUCAAUACAAGUGUAUGCGAGGCUGCAUCUAGCGUAACUGGGUAUUUACGACACUGAAGUAAACGUUAAAUACCUCCAAAAC